GUUUAGUUAAUCCGAGCUUCCGAAGCAAGAACGUAACAAUCAUCAUUUCAGCAGCAUUUGUAUUUAAGUCCUCGGAUGAUCAGCCAAGUAAUUGUGCCCCCAAACAGCUAGAGAAGAUGAUGGGCGGCGUGGGAGUGCUGCUCUCGAGUUGGAUAGAGGGCUCGCCGUCCUUCUCUGCAGUGUUCUUCACCUUGGCUGCUCUUGUCUUCGCGGUCUACUUCUACGAGCCGUCAUGGCGGGUGCGCAGGGUCCCCGGACCGCUCGCCUUCCCUCUCAUCGGCCACCUGCCCUUGCUGGCUAAGCACGGCCCAGAGGUGUUCGGCGUCCUCGCUGAGAGAUACGGGCCAAUCUACAGGUUUCACAUGGGCAGACAGCCGUUGGUUAUGGUAGCAAGCCCUGAGCUCUGCAGGGAGGUAGGCAUUAAGAAGUUCAAGAGCAUCCCCAACAGAAGCAUGCCUAGUCCCAUCCGUUGCUCACCUAUUCACCACAAAGGCCUCUUCUUCACCAGGGACACAAGAUGGCAAACCAUGCGGAACGUCAUCAUCUCCAUCUACCAACCGUCGCACUUGGCAAGCCUGAUCCCAGCCAUCCAACCUUACGUGGAGCGGGCCGGUCGUCUCCUCCGCCAUGGAGAGGAGAUCACCUUCUCCGACCUCUCCCUGAAGCUAUUCAGCGACACCAUCGGCCAGGUCGCCUUUGGGGUCGACUUCGGCCUCACCAAAGGCAAAGGCGCCGAGGCCGAGGAGAGCAUCCCCGACGGCUUCAUCCGGAAGCAUUUCUACGCCACCACCGAGCUCAAGAUGGACCUGUCGGGCUCACUGUCCAUGUUGCUCGGCAUGGUGGCGCCGCUGAUGCAGGAUCCCGUGCGGCAGCUCCUGCUGCGCGUGCCGGGCUCCGCCGACAGACGGAUGGAGGACACCAACUUGGCGCUGAGCGGGCUCCUGGACGGGAUCGUGGCGGAGCGGGCUGCGCUGCCGGAGCUCGAGAGGGGGCAGAAGAACUUCCUCUCGGUGCUGCUCAACGCCAGGGAGAGCACCGAGGCCUUGAGGAAUGUGUUCACGCCCGACUACGUGAGCGCGCUCACGUACGAGCACCUGCUCGCCGGGGCCGUCACCAUGUCCUUCACGCUCUCGAGCCUCGUGUACCUGGUGGCCGCGCACCCGGAGGUGGAGGAGAAGCUUCUCCGGGAGAUCGACGCGUUCGGGCCCAAGGACGUGGUGCCCAGCGCUGAGGAGCUCCACAACAAUUUCCCCUACCUAGAGCAGGUCUUGAAGGAGACCAUGAGAUUUUUCACCGUGUCUCCGCUAAUUGCAAGGGAGGCAUCCGAAGAUGUUGAAAUUGGAGGCUAUCUCUUGCCCAAGGGCACAUGGAUAUGGUUGGCACCAGGCGUGCUAGCAAAAGACCCGAAGCAGUUCCCGGACCCUUAUGUGUUCCGUCCCGAGAGGUUCGAUCCUGAGAGCGAGGAAUGCAAGCAGAGGCACCCCUACGCCUUCAUCCCCUUUGGCAUUGGUCCUCGGGCAUGCAUCGGACAGAAGUUCUCCAUGCAGCAGCUCAAGCUCGUCGUCGUCCACCUCUACCGCCAGUACGUCUUCAGGCACUCACCAAAUAUGGAGGCCCCCCUUCAGUUCCAGUUCUCCAUUGUUGUCAACUUCAAGCACGGUGUCAAGCUCCAUGUCAUUGAGAGGAAUGCAUGAUGUGUGUGCGACAAGUGGCGUACAAUAAGCAUGCCAAAUGGACUGCAUAUAUAGGGCCUGUUUGAUUUACAACCAAAAGUAGCCUCACCAAAAAAUUGUCUUGCCCAUGAAAUUUGGUUGGUGUUUGGAUGGACUCCAAAAUUUUGGCUCGCCCAGCCCAUCUGGGGCGCGCCCGUGCGUUUCCACGCGAAGUAUUGGCGAGUCGAGGGCAAUAAAAAGCUCCGCCAAAGAAUUGACAACGCCCCUCACCCUCUAAUCUCUGGUGGCCCACAACCCGUUCUUCUCAAGGGGUGCCUAACGAACACAGAAAAAUACGGUUUC